AUGAAAAACACCGGCCAUUGGGACACGCACAUCCAUGUCUUUGACCCUGACGCCUAUCCAUACGGCACACCGCGAUCCUAUACGCCCAAGCCAGCUCACCUGGCCGAGUACCCCUUUGCAGAGACAACAUGCUCCAACAUUGUUAUUGUCCAGGCUACUGUGCAGGGUCACUCAGCAGAGCCCUUGCUGGCGGCUCUCAGUGAUGAAAAGGCCAAGCCAAGAGACUGCAGCGUGAUCCGCGGUCUCUGCACUAUUGACCCAAACAAUGCUUCUGAGGAAGAGCUGAAUGCUCUCCAUGAAGCUGGCGUCCGAGGUGUGCGGUUGCAUGAAGUCUCCUGGGGCCACGGCACACAGAGUGGUGCCGAUGCAGUCGCCGUCAAGAUCAAGGCUGCAGCCGACAGAAUCGCUCGUCUGGGCUGGGUUAUUGAUGUCUUUUCCGACGUGCGCAGCUGGGCUGCCAUGGCGAACAUGAUCAGGCAUGAGCUGGACCCUCGUGUGAAACUCGUGGCGGACCAUCUCGGUGGAGUUUUUCCUGGUGAGGAGAAGCUGGAGGCUUUCAAUGUCUUUACCGAAUUGGUGAGAGACGGCUUCGUCUAUGUCAAAUUGAGUGGUUUUGAGAGGCUGUACGAAGGGCAUGCUUCAGGCAUGGAUUCAUUGGAGACUAUUGUUAAGACGCUUGUUGCAGCUGGACCCGAGAGGAUCUUGUACGGUUCGGAUAUAGACUGGCCUCACACACAACUUGGUGUAUCUAGAAAGGGCAAGACUGACCAGCAGAGGCUGACUGAGGUUGAAGGCUUCAGAGAGGUUCCUGAUGCGCUGCAUAUCAAGCAAUUGAGGGAAUGGAUCACGGACGAUGAGGUCUGGAGGAACUUAUGGUCCAAGAAUCCGGAUAGGAUCUUCGCAUGA